UAAUGUAGGUGCACCGGUGGGGCGGUCCUGCAUGCUCCUGCAUUUCGCUGAUUCAGACGGGGAGGCAGGCACUAGGAGGCAGGGACUGGGAGGUGUAGCAGUGUGGGACUGCAUUAGAAGAGGAGAGCAGUGGAGAACGACGCGGGCGAAGCAGAGCUGUGGGCCAAAGGAAGAAGUGCGUGUCCGUGUGGUGUGUGUGUGUGUGUGUGUGUGUGUGUGCAUGCUUGUUGACGCUGCUGACGGACGGGAUUGGGAAACCAGCGGCAGUCCGGGCGAGUUUCAGCGGGGGAUACGGUGUUAAAUCUUGGAAGAACUUGGGAUAGGACUUCGCCAUGAGUUGGGGAACGGAGCUCUGGGACCAGUUUGAGAAUCUGGACAAGCACACCCAGUGGGGGAUCGACUUCCUGGAGCGAUACGCCAAGUUUGUCAAGGAGAGGCUGGAGAUCGAGCAGAACUAUGCCAAGCAGUUACGGAAUUUAGUAAAGAAGUACUGUCCAAAGCGGUCUAAAGAUGAAGAGCCGAGGUUCACUUCGUGCAUGUCAUUCUACGCCAUCCUGAACGAGCUCAACGACUACGCUGGCCAACGGGAGGUUGUGGCCGAGGAGAUGGGCCACAAGGUGUACGGGGAGCUGAUGAUUUACAGCCAGGAGCUCAAGGCCGAACGGAAGCACCAUCUACAGGAGGGCAGGAAGACGACGCAGUAUUUUGAGCAGUGCUGGAAACAAAUGGACAAUAGUAAAAAGAAGUUUGAGAGGGAGUGUAGAGAGGCGGAGAAAUCCCAGUUGAGCUACGAAAGGUUGGAUAAUGACAUCAACGCCACCAAAUCAGAGGUGGAGAAGGCAAAGUCUCAGUACUACCAGCGGACACACCUGGCAGACGAGAGCAAGAACGAGUAUGCUGCCCAGCUGCAGAACUUCAACGCAGAGCAGUGGAAGCACUUCCACACUACCAUACCAAACAUCUUCAAGAACUUGCAGGCCAUGGACGAGCGGCGCACGGUGAAGCUGGGCGAGACGUACCGGAGCUUCGCCGAGGUGGAGAGGAGGGUGGUGCCCAUCGUCUCAAAGUGCCUGGAGGGCAUGGUCUCGGCCGCCAAGGCCGUUGACGAACGCAAGGACUCGGGCAUCGUGGUGGAGUCCUUCAAGUCGGGCUUCGAGCCGCCGGCAGACUUCCCCUUCGAGGACUACAGCCAGAACCUGAGCCGCACGGGUUCGGACGCCACCAUCAGCAACACACCCAAGGGGGAGAGGGACAAGGAGUUGGUGGGAGUAGCAGUUUCCGGUGGGACGCGGGCGGACCCCAAACACUCCAUGGGCAAGGCCAAGAACAAACUCUGGCUGUUUGGCAAGAAACCAAAGGCUCCGUCCCUGGAGGACUUCAGCCACCUGCCCCCGGAGCAGCGCAGGAAGAGGCUGCAGCAGAGGAUAGACGAGCUCAGCAAGGAGCUCCAGAAGGAGGUGGACCAGAGGGAUGCCCUGAACAAGAUGAAGGACGUGUAUGAGAAGAACUCCCAGAUGGGCGACCCAAGCAGCCUGCAGCCCAAGAUCUCUGAGACCAUAUGCAACAUGGAGAAGCUGCGCUCGGAAAUACACAAGAACGAGUCGUGGCUGUCGGAGGUUGAGGGCAAGCAGAGCUCCAGGGGCGACCGGAGACACAGUGCAGACAACCACCACCACACCCCCCAGGGCAGAGAGAGUCCUGAGGGCAGCUACACUGAUGACAACAGCCAGGAGCACCAGCCUACACCUCAGCACCACCACCACCACUCGGCCCCGCCCCCACGGCAGCCUGUGCCCCCCAACUCGGACCACCACGAGUUUGAUGACGAGUUUGACGACGAUGACCCUAUGCCCGUCAUCGGCCACUGCAAGGCGCUGUACUCCUUUGAUGGUAAGAACGAGGGGACGUUAGUGAUGGCAGAGGAUGAGGUGCUGUACAUAAUCGAGGAGGACAAGGGCGACGGCUGGACGCGGGCCAGGAAGCAGGGCGGUGAGGAGGGCUACGUGCCCACCUCAUACGUGGAGAUCACCAUGGAGAAGGCCAGCAAAGGUUCCUGAGGGCUGCAGGGUUGCCGGGUGAUUUGAUUGGCUGGUGGAGGGAUCAUGCUGAUUGGUGGUGGUGGUGGUGGUGGGGUGACCAAGACCAACGGGGGGAGAGGGGUAUGGCCAGGGGGUGUUGAUGGAAAGCUAGUAUGGGAUGAAAUGAUGAGAGAGAGAGAGGCUAUUAGGCAUGUUGCACGUCUGCAUGCAUGAUCACACAUAUCUGAGCAGCAAAACAUUCUGGGCGAUGCAGCUUAAACUGGGCUCUGUGUUUCGUCAUUAAAACUUUGAAGGACUUUGAUGGCUCCAGCUCUACCGGUGAGGUUACCUAUGCCAUCUCCCCUGCAUGAUGUGCAACUCUACUAUUUGUGAAGGGAAGCCAUGGCAGCACGGAGUCUGGAUUCAAGACGCUGGUCCACUGCUCCCCCUAGUGGAGAGGACAUGUAUUUGUCUUUUGGCAGAAAACGUCCUUAACAUUAUUUCAAAUUCUCAAGAUUUGCUAGGAAUAACCUGUUUUUUCCGAUGCAGUUUAAGAUGAUCUUUACUCAUACCGUGUUAGAAUGCACUGCACAUCAUGCCUCCCACAUUGCCAGAUAGAUAUAAAUAUGCUUUGAUCUAAUCAUUGCACCAACACUAGACUAGAGACACGCCCGCCUAUCCAUUUGUGCUCUGUUAAUGAUAUCUGCCUCACCUCCCUGUCUGCGCAACUCUGCUUCACAGGCCUGCCUCAUCACACACACACACACACACACACACACACACACACACACACACACAGCUUCUGUUAGGGUCAUUGUGUGUGUGCUCUUGCUGCGGUGUCCAUUGGUGAACUAUCCAAUCAACCAUGUUUCUAUUCAAACGGUAGCCCUCUCUCUACUUUGGUGGAUACUUUCACACUUUCAUUGGUUGACAAGCAGGGGGACCCCUCUUGCUAUUAAAUGUACCUCCCUAUACACCGGCACCACUACCCGCUUCAGCAAGGCCACAGAGACACCGACGUGAACAACACUACAGAACGACCAGCACGGCCACCCCCUUCUCUCUCUCACUGCACCUAAGAACCAAUCAACAGAGCCGGACUUCCGUUGAAUUGUCGCAGCCUCUUUAAACACCACCUCCAUAAGUGUGACCUUAUGGACUUACUGGUUGAGUCUCUGUAAACCCCAUCAGCGCCUCCACACACGCUCUUUCUACCACUCCGCCCAGUUUAUAUUUCCUUUGUCCAUCACAUUCCCACACAUGACCCCAUCAACAGCUUAGCUUACCCUUCACACACACACAAACACGCUCUCGUACACAGAACAUGUGUGUGUGUGUGCGUUUGCUUCUGUGGGGUAUAUAUACUCAUGCAUUCAUGCUAGUUUUAUCCCCCAAACUACCACCAAUACUUUGAAAUGUUUUGUACAUAUUACCAUCAUUCUGUAAUGCUGGAAUGAAUGUCUUUCAAUUGUGAUUGUUGUUAUUUUUUGUAACGUAUUUAGUUUAUUGUUUAUAUCAUGGAUUGUUUGCCAGGCGGUCUGCCCCUACAAACCCAGACUGCCACUCUGACUAGGAGAGAACAAGGUUUGAUUUGAACCGAUGCACUUUGUCGCACAAUUCUUAAGCAUUUGAAAAAGAGUAAAUGAGUGUUGUUCAUUUUAAUGGACGAGUGAAUGUAUGGAUGAAUGAGAGUGAAUCUCUGCUGAGUGUGGUGUGACGAUUGCAAAGGACCACUAUGACUUAACUUUCUAAUAAUUUACAGUUUUAUACUCUUUUUUGUAACUAUAAGCGACAUUCUUCUCCAUUUGCAUGAACUCCUCAGCGUCUACCACAUGAUUGUUCUCCCAUCUUGGAUGUUGUCAAUUCUUUCAGUGACUUCUUAGGAACCAAAGUCUACUGUCUACUCACUCGCUGCCUUGGUUUCCUGUUCUCCUGCUGUUGAUUCGCUGUCAACGCUAUCUCAGUACAGAGUCACACAGUUGGGCUCGUUACACGUUGUACCGUCUCCUUGGUACAACAAAAAAGCGCAAUGACCCUGCCUUACUUUCAACCUGUGGUUUUAAUUUGAAGCUGUGAAAUGUACAAAAUCUGUUUUUUUUCUAUUGACACCGACAAUGACAUUGCAGCCUAAAAUAUCAUUGCUCCCAUUUGUCACCAAAGUGUUUCAUGUGGCUAUUUUGUAGGCCUUCCUGCGGGGGCCUGGUUCAGUAGAACUACUGUUGAGGGUGCAACGUUUGUAUGAAGGCAAAAUCUGCCGGUUCCUGCAUGGAGGGGGAAUUUUUACCGAUGAAUUCUGUUCCCAAACAUACCCUGUUGCACCAACAAUAAUGUAUUAUUUCAAUGGCUGGUUUGGUCUUGUGGCUGUUCAAACAACUAUUGUCCAAUGGUCAUGAGGAUUGUUUUCAGCUCCUCUUUUCUAAGACAAGGAUUGAAUCUAACCUUUUAUUUCUCUUAUGAUCUUUGUUCAAAGACCAAAAUAUCAACGGCACCAAUCCUAACAUUUUUGGGACGUUAAUGCAACACAAGCUACUAAAUCAUCACACAACAAAAAUGUAUUACAUUUUCAUUGUACAUUUACAGAUAAAUAUGCAGAGCCAUUGUGCUCUAUGGUAUAAUUCUGAAUAUGAUCCCCUUUUUUAUAAUUGGUUUGGAAUCAAUGAUGAAAGUUGUAUUUGUUUAGUGUAUAUAUAAUUACAUAUUAAUCUGCAUUUUCCUUGGUAAAUCAGGAAUGUUUAAACAUUUCGAACUAGUCUUGGUGAAGGUAAUACAGCCGCUUAUGCCUCUUCACAUGCCGCAAUGUAAUUCUUUUGGUUUCGCAUUAUUAGGACAUUAUUGUCCCAACCCAGAAAUAAGGCAGUCAAUCACAUUUAAUUAGAAACAAUCAUGGAGGUGAUGGGUGCUGAUUUGACAACUUGUAAUAUCCAUCUAAUCUUAGUGUUUUUACCGUGUUUGUUGUAAUAACCCAUUGCAGUACUUCACGUUUCAUAUUGUUGAGCACAUCGUAUUACUUUGAAUAUUGUCACUUUUUUUUAUAAACCGACUACACCCCUACCCCUUUCCCAUAUCCAGCUUCCAAUAUAUUGUUCCAAAUAAAUAAACAUGUAAAGUU